AGAGGGAUGGGAGAUCCAAAAUCAGACAAUUGGCCAUGGCGUGCGAUCAUUGCCAGUCCAAGUUCACUCACUAACUGUUCAGGGUCUUUGAUUACCGACCAGUGGGUGCUGACAAGUAAAGACUGCAACAUAAGAUCUGAAGAAGGCACGUGGGUUCAUCUUGGACAAAGACGCAACUCAUUUUCACAGCUCUACGAACAAUCGGUGACAGUGGAAGACAUCACAUGCAGUGAUGAUGAUGAUGAUGAUGAUGAAGGAUCACUGAUUAACGAGCCGGGUGUAUGUCUUAUGAAGUUAUCAAGCCCUGUGAAUAUUACAGACUCCAUAUCUACGGUCUGCUUGGUCGCACAAAACAGCAAUUCCUUCUCCGGGAUGAAGAGCUAUGUCGCUAGCGGUACAACUUCUGCAGCCAGGAUGGAGGUACCAAUUGUUGGACGCAAUGAGUGUAAAUGCAACCGUCCUGAAAUCGGGCCAAGUGUGAUCUGUGCUGGACGCGGAGUCAAGGAGGGAACACCCACAGAUUGUAUGACAAAUGUAGGUGGGGCACUGAUGGCCUAUCAAAAUAAUUCCUGGACCCAGAUCGGGAUCAACCAAUACGAUGGAAGAUGCCCCCCGGCUGGACAUGUCAGAACUUACACUGACGUGUCCUUGUAUGAACAAUGGAUCAGGGAUGUCACUGGCAUGAGCAAACCAGGCUUUAUUCCCUUGGGCCCAAAAGAAUAUGACCCAGACACUCAAUUUAGGUGUAAAACAAUGAAACCCCGUCCAACCAACCCCCCCAUGUGUCCAUAUCCAACAGCAUUUGGUUGCAUGGAUGACAGUUUAUUUGGUGGUGUAAACAUGAUGCACUCUUCCCCCUUUGUCUUACUCUCCGUUCUUUUUCUUUCGCUCUAUGGUACUUGGUAAAAUGAGCAUUCAGCGUGUCUCAUUCACAGGGUUUUAUAAAGUCCCUUCUUCUUUUUAUGUAGAAAUUAGGGAAAUAAAAUGACACUCUCAAUCACUGGGAUUAUUCAUUUGCCAUAUCAUACACGUUGAUUAAAAUGUUUUAUUCUUCGGUGAAGGGAAGUUGACUACAAGAUAUUAAUAUAACGAUAACAUACAAUAUAGAUGUUGACUUUUGGGGACAGCAGGCAGUAAAAAUUCUAAAUACUUUCUUUAUGAUGUUGUGGAUAACAUAUACCGCAAUGAUUUACACAUUCAUCAGCCAUGGCACGACUUUUAUUUUACA